CCAUUACAAGGAACAAAAGGCAGCAAAACCCAUAAACAUGAAAGUCCAACAAGGUUUAGACCUUGCCCCACUUUGGGGCAUGGGAAAUUUGAUAGGUACCCAAAUGACCAUAAGAGCUGCAAUUGAGCUCAAUGUUUUCAAUAUCAUUAGCGAUUCAGGCCCUGAAGCUCAUUUGUCUUCAGCUGCAAUUGUCUCCAAAAUACCCACCACCAAUCCAAACGCAGCCAAUGCCUUAGAAAGGAUACUAAGAAUGCUUAGUGCAAAUUCUGUCCUGUCAAUGUCUCUAAGGCAAUCCCCAAAUUGUGAGACAAAUAAUGAAAGAACUUAUGGCUUGACGAUGCACUCACGUGCCUUCGUGACUAAGACAGACGGAAUUUCUAUAGCUUCGUCAAUGGUGAUUAUUCGCUCCGAGAGGGAACUUGUGGAAAGUCUUUACAAGCUCAAAGAUUUUGUGCUUGAACCGGAGUGUGUGCCGUUCCAGAAGACUUAUGGUGUGAGCUUUUAUGAGUAUGUUUCUAAGGAACCAAGAUUAAGCAAUCUGUUUGACGAGAAUAUGGCAUGUAUUUCAAAGUUGUUCUUUGAUAUGGUGUUCAAGGUGUACCCUGGAUUUGAAGAAGUGGAAGAGUUGUUGGAUGUAGGUGGUGGCAAUGGAACUUCACUUGGGAAGAUAGUCUCUGCUUGUCCACACAUUCAUGGCAUAAACUUUGAUUUGCCUCAUGUAAUUGCUAAUGCUCUUGACUUCCCUGGUGUGGAGCAUAUUGCUGGAGAUAUGUUCAAGUCACUGCCAAAUGCACAAGCGAUUUUAUUGAAGACGAUAUUGCAUAAUUGGGACGAUGAUCGCUGCAUCAUGCUGUUGAGAAAUUGUUGGAAGGCAUUGCCUGAUGAUGGUAAUGGUAAGGUUAUAGUUGUUGAGUUUGCGAUCCAACCACUUCAAAAUGAUGUUGAAUCAAUCAAUACAAUAACAAUGGACUUCUACAUGAUGAUAGCCACAAAAGGCGGAAAAGAGAGAACAACAACUGAAUUUGCGAAUCUAGCAAAAGCUGCAGGUUUUGCUGAAACAAAGAUCUUUUCAAUUUCAGAAGGAAUUUACGUUCUAGAAUUCAUCAAGAGAAAUGGUGGAUAGAGAUUGUUUGAUGUGACCUUCAUAUAUUUGUUUCAUUUGUCAAAGUUUGUAAGCUUUUAAUAAUAAAUAUUUUGAGAAUCCUUGGACAUAAUGGAAUCUUUCCAAUUGCACAAGGGAUUCACCUUUUAGGUUGGAUUCACCGUCCUUCUUAUAUAUGUUUCAUUUGAUAUUGUUUGUAAGCUUUUCAUAAAAAAAAAUGUGAGAACUUUUGGACC